AGCUGGGGCGCUCGCCACGUGAUGCCUCAGACGACCAACUUCAGCCACCAACUCAGUCUAAAGUGACGGUCAUGGAAUUUAUUAUCGCAUCUGUAUCUUCUCUCUUACUCGAGUCGGCUCUGCUCAACUAAAUUCAUCAAAUAGAUCUGGCACCUUCCGCCUAGAUCGCAGGAAGAAGAGGCGACAAGAAUCCGCUUCCCCGUACAGGCAUCUUGAUCCUUUUGCCGGUCUGCUCGCCCAUCAUGUUCCGGCCCCAUCCAGAGGAGAGCAUGCACCUUCGGCUCCAUAGGGCUCGGUCCGUGGUGCUGACAAGUGAAGAACUCGUUGAAAUCCGCGCCGCCCAGCGUACCUUUGAAGGCGCUUACAUGCGCACCGCCUUGGGCCUCUUCUCCUUCUCCCUCGUCAUCCUCAAGGUCUUCACCGAAGAGUUUUAUCCCAUCGGCGCCCUCUUCGCCGCCUUUGGUACUGCCAUUCUCCUCGUCUCCAUGUACCGCCGGUACCAGGGCCACCGCCAGUUCUUUGUCGCCGAGUCGGAGGACGGCGUCCUGCGCCGGAAAUUUCGGACCAGCGGCGACACGGUCCUUCUAUUGACGGCGCUGAGCCUCUGCGCGUAUUCUACGCUGUUGGCGUUGACUUGGCGCCUCAAGGAUGUUUGAAAACGUGUUGACAGGGAUCUGAUACAUGUUUGGUUAUUGAGAUCUCAUCGGAUGACUGAUUUACCUACGACAAAUACAGCAAUCCUUUCUUGACAUUUGACUCGAGUUACCUGCUCAAGUAUCUUGGCCGGUUUCUUGAAUAUCUUGUCGAAUUAUUCUCUCUUGCUUUUUGCUCUUAUCACUCCAGCAUUUGUUCGAUCCGAAGAAGGCCUCCUAUUUGCAUGAGGAGUAGCCUACAGUGAUUUUCACCUCGCUGCAUUAUAUCUGGCGCUGGAUGGGGUUCUUUUUUUUCUUUUGUUUCUGUUAAGGGCUCAUAGUUGACCUUGGUUUCUUGCUCACGCCAAUGGCUCUAAUGGAGUCGAUAUAUAUAGACUUGGCUAUUAAUACUGAAUACCCA